GCAACCGACAGACCGGAGACGGAUCUCCGUGAAGCCGUUAGCAUGUUAGCUUCCCGCCGCUGUCACCCAGAGGAGGCGCGCGACGACGACGACGGACUACUAAUGAGACUGACGACGGGCAACCACCGCAGUGUUGCUUCAACCUGAGACAACACAGCAACAGCCAGCCAGACAGCAACCACAUCUACAGCAACCAGACUGUUGCUGCAGCGUUGCUUCAGUCUCACAGAGACUCCAGAGCAGCACCAUGUAAGGCAACUGCAGCUCCAGCAACUGGCAAAUAAACUGUUGCUGAUGAAUGACUAUCAUGUUGCGUCAACCUGACAGAACAACUACAGCAUCCAGGAUGCAACUAAACCUGCAGAAACAACAGACCACAGCAACUAGACCUACAACUCCUGAACCUCCUGCAACUAAUGCACAGCAACCUGCUGCUGAUGUUUAAUCAUCUCUGUGUUGCUUCACCCUGAGGGAAAUUUUCAGCAACUUGACUUUUGGCAACCAUCACCUCAGCCUCUGCCAGCAGAUGGACGUCCUGUCAGGCUCUCACACUGAUCAGCUGAUCUGGACUCAGGUGUGUCACCUCUGUGAAGAGGAAGCGGCAGAAACCAACCAAUCACAUGGUCAGAGUGCAGCUUUGUCUGCGUCUCUGAAGGACAGCUGAUCUGUCUGUCUCUCAGUCACCUGCCUCAGGUUGAGUUAAGCCCCCCCCCCGCUUCAGGUGAAGACGGCAGCCGAUAAGAUGAGUCACCUGAAGGAGGCGGAGCCUGGGCGGGAGCUGGAGGGCAAGGUGCAGACCUGGGCUCAGUCUCUGGUUUACACUCUGGAGGAACUUGAGUGUAAAAUCUGUUACAACCGCUACGACACUCGCAGCCGGAAACCCAAGCUGCUGGGCUGCCUGCACCGAGUCUGCGCCAAGUGUCUGAAGAAGAUGGUGGACAUGGGAGAGUCGUCGCCCUCCAUCAUCAGCUGUCCGUUCUGUCGCCACGAGACCCACGUCCCGGACGAAGAGGUGUGGCUGAUGGAGGAUGACCGACACAUCCUGGCUGUUCUUUCGUGUCAAGACCGGGUGCGGCGAGGAGGAGGAGGCGGAGGGGAGGUGGUGCUGAGUCCCACCAGUUUGACCGCAGGAGCAGGAGGCACAGAGGUGUCCCACCAGUCCUCAGACUGUCUGGUCAUCACAAUCAUGGAACUCCCUGAGGAGUCUCCGUCCUCUGACUCACUGAGUACGCUCAAUGUGGUGGGCCUGUACCGUCCCCCCAGCCUGGACUCGCUGCCCUGCAACCUGCCUGCUCAGAAAUGUCACACCUGGACGUCCCGCAGCUUCCCCCGCUGCCUGCUGGGGGCGCUGUGUCUGGUGUACUUCAGCUCCCUGCCCCUGGGGAUUUACCUGCUAAUGAUUGGUCAGCUGUGGCUGGGCGUGGUCCUGGUCAGUCUGGUUCCCUCCACGCUGCUGCUGCUCGUCCUCUACGGCUUCUGUCAGUGUCUCUGCCAUGAGCUGAUGGAGGCGGUUGCCACGCGCACACACACGCUGCCAUGAGGACAAUGACAUGUGCUGCCAUGACAACGCAUGCUGCCAUGACCAAAACGACAUAAUGACAUAUGUUGCCACGAUGACACACGCUGCCAUGACGAUGACGAACAAUGACACAGCAACAACGUGGCCAUAGCAACAACACCAAAACAACAAAGAAAAAAGACACAACAUAAACAAUAAAGAACAGAGCAGACAGAACACGAUGCACCACACACCAGAACACUGGAACCCAACCUGAAUAAAUCCAGACUCACCUGUAGACCCACCCAUAGGACUGACUCACCUGUCACCCCGUCUAAAUACCAGCAUUACCCCCGUCCGAGGCUACAGCCAAUCAAAAAGGAGGACAUCACCACGGAGACGAGGCGAAUCCCAGAGGUUUCACUGUGGAGGUUUUUCUCUGGUGCCUCCUGCUGGACGAACUGAGAACAAACAGCCACAGACUGAAUUAGGAAUCAUCUUCCAGGUGUUCUGAUGUGACACCUGUCAGACUGACACACUUCAUAUCACUAACUAACCUGGUUGGUUACAAACAUUUAACUGUUUCAUACGUGUGAAGUCACAUUGUUUAUUGGACCCUCCUGUUCUCAGUCCAGAGUCCAGGACAAACAAAUUCCAGGACCGGUCUCUGUACCAGCUCAGCACAAAGACUGGUGGACAGAUGGACUCUGAGCCCUGAUCCGUAAAAGGAGGAAUGAAAGUCUGAGGACAGAAGCUCAGAGAGCAGAGUGUGUGGUUCCCGCUCAGAUCACAUCAUUAGGUGUCCUCAGACUGAGCAGCAUGAAUGUUUCUCAACAGAAAAUAGAAGCAUAAGAAAAUCUGUCCCUGGACGGAGACGGUGUCCUUCAUUGGACCUGCUGACUGUCAGUCAGACAAGGUACCGAGGUCAGAGGUUUACUUCUCUUCUGAUGGAACCAAGCUAGUAGUUUCCCUCUACUUCCAGUAUUUGUGCUAAGCUAGGCUAACAGUCCUGGAUGAGACUCUGGACAGCGUUCGACUGUUCCUUUAAGGUUCCCAUCUUUAUAAAGUGCCAUUGUUUGAUUUGAUGUUUGAUCAAUGAAUCCUGUGAUGAUGAUGAUCAGGUGACAUCAGAGGGCACCCCCUGAUGGUCAGCUGACCUGCUGUGUCACUUCCUGUCUGUGUUGUGGGCGGAGCAU